AUGCCCAGCGCCGGCGGCCGAGACUGCACCGUGCAGGACCAGUCCAAGCCCAUAUCCGCCACGAGCAGCGUCCUCCUCCGCGCCGCCCUCCUCGACCAGGCAGCCGCUGCCGCAUCCGCAUCCGCAUCCUCGCACACCGGCCGUUGCCGCCUCGGACGACACCGACUCGACGACACCGACUCGACGACACCGACUCGACGACACCGACUCGACGACAUCGACUCGGCGACGCCGACUCGACGACACCAGCUCGACGACACCGACUCGACGACGCCGCCUCGACCCUACCGCCUCGACGCGGCCCUGUCCCGACCACGCCGCCGCCUCAACGCUUCCGUCUCUAUCCCCACUCCCGACGACGACACCAGGUUCGCAGCCACCGCCUCCGACGACCUCGACUCGACGAUAGACCUGCGCAACAGCAGGCGAUAG